AUCCCUGUGUUUUUUUAAAAUUUGUACUCAGUGAAGAAGAGCGGUAUGGAGGGCGAUUUGGUGGUCUGGAGUGGCUUGGGAACAAGGCACAAAAACUCAUUGGAAGCUAACUAGGACGAGUCUUUGCAGAGGGGACAGAAGCAGUAGUGGCCUCAUCCUUGAGCUUGUGAGCUGAGGACCCUGCCUGACCUAGCAAUCACCACCUUGUCUAAUUGGCCGCUUAGUGUGCGCGGUGAAACGCCAGGUUAGUUUGCUUUUUAGCACCGCUCUUUGGGGUGCUGUAUGUUGGGGUGUGUGUGGAGGGUGUGUGUGUGUGGGGGGGGAGGCCGGGACUCACGUGUAAAAACCAGAGCGCCAGGACCGUCCCUCGCUCUAACCGAAGCCGGGCACACACCAGGUGGCUGGGAUCGGGACGCGCGCCCCCGCCCGGUCCACGCGCGCCGGGGCCGCCACAGCCACACACCCGGUGGCUCCGGAGCGCACUGCCGGGCGCGCUCUCCGGAGCUCCUGCGUCCCCCAUCGCGCGUGCUAGGGCGCCGGCAGUGACAGGCGGGGGGCGCGGCGCUGCUCUGCCACCGGCUCCCAACCGGCCUGGAGUGGCCGGGUUAAGCAGCGGGCGAGCACGGGCUUCCGGACCCUCGCAGCUGCUGCGGGGAGCUCGGGCCGAGGCUCCUCCGGCUCCAGUCUGGGCGCCCGGGGCCACACGCUGCCGCCGCCCAUGGGUAUCCGAGAGUUUCCAGGCGGCGCUCCCAGGGCCAAGAGCAUCGCUGUUGGUAUGAGGAGGUCACCGGACGUCAGCCCGCGGAGACUGUCCGACAUCAGCCCUCAGCUCAGGCAGCUUAAGUUCUUGGUGGUGGACGAGGCCAUCAAGGAGGAUCUGAAAUGGUCGCGCUCCGUGGAGGACCUCACUAGCGGGCCAGUGGGACUCACGUCCAUCGAGGAACGGAUCCUGCGCAUCACAGGCUACUAUGGCUACCAGCCCUGGGCGACGAGCUACAAAAGGGAGGAGCGCCCCCGGGAGCCCCCGGGCCCUGCAGAGGCCCAGGCACCAGCUGGGGCAGAGGCUGGCGGAAGGACGAACCGGCACCGCUGGACAUGCUCUCAAAAGCAGCUGAGGAAGGUCUUCUGGGGCGUGGCUGUUGUGUUCUGCGUAUGUGCCUCCUGGGCCGGCUCCACGCAGCUCGCCAGACUGACUUUCAAGACCUUCGAUGCACCCUUCACCCUGACUUGGUUCGCCACCAACUGGAACUUUCUGUUCUUCCCGUUGUACUACGCAGGGCACGUGUGCAAGUCCACAGAGAAGCAGUCUGUGAAACAGAGAUACAGGGAAUGCUGUCGGUUUUUUGGAGACAAUGGCUUGACUUUGAAAGUGUUCUUUACCAAGGCAGCACCAUUUGGUGUCCUUUGGACGCUCACGAACUACCUGUACUUACACGCAAUAAAGAAAAUAAACGCUACCGAUGUCUCCGUGCUGUUCUGCUGCAACAAAGCCUUUGUUUUCUUGCUGUCGUGGAUCGUUCUCAGGGACAGAUUCAUGGGAGUGCGGAUCGUGGCGGCCAUCCUUGCCAUCGCAGGCAUCGUCAUGAUGACCUACGCAGACGGCUUCCACAGCCACUCCGUCAUCGGCAUAGCCCUGGUGGUGGGCUCCGCUUCCAUGUCGGCCCUCUACAAGGUUCUGUUCAAGCUGCUUCUGGGCAGCGCCAAGUUCGGAGAAGCGGCCUUAUUCCUGUCCAUCUUGGGUGUGUUCAACGUCCUCUUCAUCACCUGCAUCCCCGUCAUCCUCUACUUCACCAGAGUGGAGUACUGGAACUCCUUCGACGACAUUCCGUGGGGAAACCUCUGUGGGUUUUCCAUUCUCUUAUUGACAUUCAAUAUUGUAUUAAAUUUUGGAAUCGCUGUCACGUAUCCCACACUGAUGUCUCUCGGAAUUGUCCUCAGUGUCCCUGUGAAUGCAGUGGUGGAUCACUAUACCAGCCAGAUAGUCUUCAACGGAGUCCGGGUCAUCGCCAUCAUCAUCAUCGGCCUGGGCUUCCUCCUCCUGCUCCUGCCGGAGGAGUGGGAUGUCUGGUUGAUCAAGCUGCUCACCCGCCUCAAAGUGAGGAAGAAGGAAGAGGCUGCGGAGAGCAGCGGGGACUUGGGCACAGGCCCCCAGAGCAGGAGUAGGAGAGCCCGCCCGUCCUUCGCUCGCUGAGACCACUCCUCUGGGACUCUGGGAUGUCCCCAUGGUAAUGUUUUGAGGUCUAUUCCUAAGGGAGGAACCUCAGGUGGGUGAGGUGUACAUACAUGUACAGUUUUGGUAAUCUGCAGUAAGUUCUAUGGUAUUUAUUGGCAUGUCCAAUUUGCUUGCACUUUUCCACAUCAGACCUUCCACUUAAGGGUACCGAUUCAAAACGGAAGAGAAAAGAACCUCUCAGUGCUUCUUCAAUGAAUGUAAAGUGGGGUAAAAUGAGCCUUGUAUUGAUUGCUUCGGAGGACAGGCAAGCUGGACACACCAGGGCAAUGCUCUGCCUCUCAGCAACUGAAAAUGACAUUGUACACUGUGAUUAUUUUUCAGCUAAUAGUAGGUCAUAUUUUGUUUUAUACCAGAACUGUAUACUUAAUUUUAAGGAAUUUCCAAUGAACCAAAAGAUAAUUGUCAGUUAAUCUGGAUGGAUGGAUGGAUGGAUGGAUGGAUGGAUGGAUGGAUGGAUGGAUGGAUAACUGGGUGGCGGACAGAUACGAGUGGGAAGGGAAGAGGGUGAAACAGAAAAGGAGAAAGGGCGUGAAGAUAAUUGGAGGACAGACCUGUGCCAGGUCACAUGAUAGAAAGCAGAAACCUAACCUAGCUGGCCUGCCCUCUUGCGUCUUUACAAGAUCACGAGGAGAACUUAGUGCCUUCUACAGCAUCUCCGUCUUACCUAUGUGAAGCGAGGUGACAUCAUAUGUCACUGGCGCCGUCUUAUAAUUUAGAUGUAGAAUCUUAAAAAACAAACAAACUAUAUGUGUAUAUGUGUGUACAAAAGUGACAACGCCAGCGGCCAGUGCGCUGGAAGGUGGCUGGUGGGUGUAGCACGCACAGCAGGUGCACUGUGUGGGAGGGACUGCGCAGGUGCACUGUGUGGGAGGGCCUGCGCAGGUGCACUGUGUGGGAGGGCCUGCGCAGGUGCACUGUGUGGGAGGGCCUGCGCAGGUGCACUGUGUGGGAGGGCCUGCUGGUGGCUUUCAUUUCCAGACUGAGACCGAAACAUCUACCGAGUCUGCAAACCUUUUUAAGAAACUUUUCAGCACCGGGCUGUUUACUUACACAAUUUAGGUCUGCCAGAAACUUCUAUCUGUGAUAGAUCUGUACAGAGGGACUGGGAUUAGAGUUUACUAUUUUUGAAGUUUACAUUGUUACAUAUAAAUGGGAACCUGAUUUUGAAAUGGUGUCAAUAUCCCAAUGGUGCAUUCUGGAACCAUGGAGUCUUUUGUUUCCUGGGGGAAAGGGGCACUCAUGACCUGAACUUUUUAGCCAAUUAUUAUUCUCAGUUUCCAUUACUUGUUUGGCCAAACAGAUUAAUAAAAUAUUUGAAACAAAGAAGCAUUGCA